AUGGCUUCCUCACGACUUGUUGCGCGCUCAUCACGCGCUUUUGUUGCUGUCCAGCGCUCGACAUACCGCUCUUUCAGCAUCUCGGCAGCCCGUAACAAUCAGUUCGAGGCACUCAACAAGCGCACCAAUGACACCUCCGAGGAGUAUCGCAAGUUCCAGAUGGAGAAGAACUUGAACCCGCACAUGACGAACACGACCUCUACUAUCGCGAACGAGAUGCCCUCAGUUGGCAAGGAUGCGCCCCCACCUGAGCUCAUCACCAGCGUGGAUGGCAACUUCACUCCCAAGGACUCCGUCCCCGAGAACACGCAGCGCAUGACUGGCGGAACCCAGAGCAGUGAGGGCCAUGAAGUCAGUGGAAAGAACUCCGAACUUGGUGUUGGAGAGCUCGAGGGCGCCAAGUUCAAGGUUGAGCCGAUAAGACGAACCGGAGAGGAUGCGAAUACUAUGCGUGCAAGAUUAUUAUACCAGAGCCGUAAGAGAGGAACUCUGGAAAGUGAUCUGCUCCUCAGCACCUUCGCUGAUGCCAAACUUGGCACCAUGUCUCCCCAGCUCCUCCAGCAAUACGAUGUCUUCCUUGACGAGAACGACUGGGACAUCUACUACUGGGCCACCCAAGAGCCAACACCCACCUCCCACGAGACUGCUGAGGGCGGUGGCGAGGCACUCGCUACCUCGAAUGCGCAAGGCAAGAACGUACAAGAGAAGGACGAGUGGAAACGCUCGCCUGGUACUGGCGAGUGGGCACAGACUGUGGGUACCUUCAAGCCGGCGUACAGGCCGGUACCAUCUAGGUGGAAGGGUAGUGAGAUUUUGUCGCUUUUGAGGCGCCAUGUUAAGGAGAGGAGUGCAGGCGGCGUUACAGACACAGAGGGCGGGGCAAAGGAGACCGAGGGCAAAGGACUGGGCAUGAUGCCUCCCAUUCGCAACUUUGACCAGGCGGCUUAA